AAAAUCAUGAAAACGUUGGAGGAUGGAGGUGGAAAAGGAGGAGCUAAAGUUAACACAUGGGUUGAUUCAAUGAGAGCUUCAUCUCCCACUCGAGUCAAAUCUACCGUACCUAGUUCAGAAAAUCAAGAACAAAGCCCUUGGAUUCUUUACCAUCCUUCGGCGCUUAGCAUGUUUGAUCAGAUAAUAAAUUAUUCGAAAGGGAAACAGAUUGUGACCUUUCUUGACUAUGAUGGAACUCUCUCCCCAAUUGUCGCAGAUCCAGAUAAAGCAUUCAUGAGUAAAAAGAUGAGAGGGACAUUAAGGGACGUAGCCAGGCAUUUUCCCACAGCUAUCGUGAGUGGAAGGUGCAUAGACAAGGUAUACAACUUUGUAAAAUUGGAAGAACUGUACUAUGCUGGAAGCCAUGGCAUGGACAUCAAGGGACCAACAAAUAGCCGUGGUACUAAGAAAGGUAAUGAUCAAGCAGUACUCUUCCAGCCUGCGAGUCAAUUCCUGCCCAUGAUCAAUGAGGUGUACAAGAUCCUGGUGGAAAAAACAAAGUCUGUCCCUGGGGCUAAGGUAGAAAAUAACAAGUUUUGCUUGUCCGUGCACUUUCGUUGUGUGGACGAAAAGAGUUGGGCACCACUAGCGGAGAAAGUUCGAUUAGUACUUAAAGACUACCCAAAACUUAGGCUAACCCAAGGGAGAAAAGUGCUAGAGAUUCGACCAACCAUAAAAUGGGACAAGGGCAAGGCUCUUGAAUUCUUGUUAGAGUCACUUGGAUAUGCGAAUUCUGCUAACGUAUUUCCAAUCUAUAUUGGUGAUGAUCGAACUGACGAGGAUGCUUUUAAGGUUUUACGCAGUAGGGGCCAAGGGAUUGGGAUUCUUGUUUCUAAAAUUCCAAAAGAAACAGAUGCUUCAUACACUUUGCAAGAUCCAUCAGAGGUGGGGCAAUUUUUGCGGCGUUUGGUGGAGUGGAAAAGAACGACGCGCGGUAGGCCCAGCCAAAAUAAAAAACUAACCAGCUAA